GCAAGUGUGCUAUAUGACUUUCUGUGGUCAUUAUUUGGACUGGCUUCUCUUUGUUGUGCGUUGAUAUUUUCCGAUUUUAGAACCUCUCAGUUCCCAAUAGUCUGUGCUUGUAGCUUAAUAGAAUAUAUUACCGAAUCGUUACAAGAGUGGAGUGAAUAUCAUUGGGUGGUGCCAAUUGUUAUGCUGUACUUCUGUCAAAAGUAGUGUACUAGAUUUGAAGUCUGUUUCUUGUCCUUCUUUCAAUAAUUAUUAGGGUUCUUGGAAUCUCAUGUAUGGAAGUAAACAACUUAUACUAUAUCCAAAAUAUUCCCCUGAUCCAUGGAAGUUUUUCAUUGUUGACAAAUCUGAAAAUGUCUUGAUUUUGCAGAUUCAACUCCAAUCCUUGAUGGAAACUUUGAAUCAAACAGAACCUCAUUAUAUCAGAUGUGUGAAGCCCAACAAUGUACUGAAGCCUAUGAUUUUUGAGAAUGUUAACAUUAUCCAGCAACUACGAUGUGGGGGUGUUUUAGAGGCAAUUAGAAUCAGUUGUGCUGGAUAUCCAACCAGAAGAACAUUCUAUGAGUUUCUUCUCCGGUUUGGUGUUCUUGCUCCAGAAGUUCUUGACGGGAACCAUGAUGACAAGGUUGCUUGCCAAAUGAUUUUGGACAAAAUGGGAAUGCAAGGUUAUCAGAUAGGUAAGACAAAGGUAUUUCUUAGAGCUGGUCAGAUGGCUGAACUAGAUGCAAGAAGGUCAGAGGUGCUUGGAAAUGCAGCUAGAAUCAUCCAAAUGCAGAUCCGCACAUAUAUUGCACAAAAGGAGUUUGUUGCCUUACGGCGAUCUGCUAUUCGCUUGCAAUCUCAUUGCCGAGGUGUCUUGGCUCGCAGACAAUUUGAGAAGUUGAGAAGACAAGCAGCUGCUUUGAGAAUCCAAAAGAACUUCAAGGCAUUCACAGCCAGGACAUCAUACAUGGCUCUCUAUUCAUCUGCAGUCACAUUGCAGACAGGCUUAAGGGCAAUGACUGCUCGCAAUGAAUUCCGUUUCAGAAAGCAGACAAAAGCUGCAAUAAUCAUACAGGCACAAUCAAGGCGCUAUGCAGCAUUCUCUUAUUACAAACGGCUUCAAAAGGCUGCAUUAGUUUCUCAAUGUGGUUGGAGGGGAAGGGUUGCUCGGAAAGAGCUUAGACAGCUCAAAAUGGCUGCAAGAGAAACAGGGGCACUACAAGAAGCGAAAGACAAAUUGGAGAAGCGUGUGGAAGAGCUCACAUGGCGUUUGCAGUUGGAGAAGAAAAUGAGGGCCGAUUUGGAAGAGGAGAAGGCCCAAGAAGCUGCCAAACAGCAGGAGGCUUUACAUGCAAUGCAAAUGCAAGUUGAAGAAGCAAAUGCUAGAGUCCUCAAAGAAAGAGAGGCAGCUCGAAAAGCUAUUGAAGAAGCUCCUCCAGUGAUUAAGGAGACUCCUGUUAUGGUUCAAGACACUGAAAAGAUUCAAUCGCUGACAGCUGAGGUCGAGAGCUUGAAGGCUUCACUGCUAUCAGAAAGAGAGGCUGCAGAAGAGACGAAAAAAGGUUACACAGAUUCUGAAGCCAGAAACUCUGAACUGGUCAAAAAGCUUGAAGACACUGAACGGAAAGUUGAUCAGCUUCAGGAAUCAGUGCAGAGGCUGGAGGAGAAACUUUCCAAUGCAGAGUCAGAGAAUCAAGUUCUGCGUCAGCAAUCUCUGUCCAUGUCACCAACAGGGAAAUCUUUGUCUGCACGGCCAAAAUCAGCACUUAGUCAUAGGACACCAAAGAAUGGCAAUGUAGCAAAUGGAGAACCAAAGGGGACACCGGAAACGCCUUCGUCUACACCAACUGUACGUGAACCUGAAUCAGAAGAAAAGCCACAGAAAUCUCUGAAUGAAAAGCAGCAGGAGAACCAAGACCUGCUAAUCAAGUGUAUAUCACAAAAUCUAGGAUUUUCUGGGGGCAAACCAGUUGCUGCAUGUGUCAUAUACAAAUGUCUUCUACAUUGGAGAUCAUUUGAAGUCGAAAGAACCAAUGUAUUUGAUCGUAUUAUCCAAACAAUAGCUUCAGCAGUUGAGGUCCCGGAGAACAAUGAGACUUUGGCAUAUUGGUUGUCCAAUGCAUCCACAUUGUUGUCUCUGCUGCAACACACGCUCAAAGCAACUGGAGCUGCGAGCUUGACACCACAACGACGUAGAACUGCAUCAUCUUCUCUCUUUGGGAGGAUGUCUCAAGGGUUAAGGACGUCUCCUCAAAGUGCUGGUCUCUCGUUUCUUAAUAGCGGCCGAGGGAUUAGUAGAUUGGAUGACCUACGCCAGGUUGAGGCAAAGUAUCCUGCGUUGCUGUUUAAGCAACAACUUACAGCAUUCCUUGAGAAAAUAUAUGGCAUGAUCAGAGACAACUUGAAGAAGGAGGUCUCUCCAUUGCUUGGGUUAUGCAUUCAGGCACCAAGACAUUCACGUGCAAGUUUAGUGAAAGGACGCUCUCAGGCUAAUGCUAUUGCUCAGCAAGCACUGAUCGCUCAUUGGCAGAGCAUUGUCAAAAGCUUAAAGAGUUAUUUGAUAACGAUGAAAGAAAAUAAUGUUCCUCCUUUCCUUGUGCGCAAGGUUUACACCCAGAUAUUUUCUUUCGUCAAUGUCCAGCUAUUUAACAGCCUUCUUUUGCGGCGUGAGUGUUGCUCAUUCAGCAAUGGGGAGUAUGUAAAAGCAGGUUUGGCCGAAUUAGAACAUUGGUGCGAUGAGGCAACUGAAGAAUAUGCUGGUUCUGCAUGGGAUGAACUAAAGCAUAUAAGACAAGCUGUUGGGUUCCUGGUCAUACAUCAAAAGCCGAAAAAGACAUUGAACGAAAUAACAAAAGAACUCUGCCCAGUUCUGAGUAUACAACAACUAUACAGAAUCAGUACCAUGUAUUGGGAUGACAAGUAUGGCACCCAUAGCGUAUCUUCAGAAGUCAUAGCCAGCAUGAGAGUGAUGAUGACCGAGGACUCGAACAAUGCUGUCAGCAGUUCAUUCUUGUUAGAUGAUGACUCCAGCAUCCCAUUCUCUGUGGAUGACAUUUCCAAGCCAAUGCAACAAGCAGACAUCGCUCACAUCGAGGCUCCACCUAUAAUUCGUGAGAACUCUGGGUUUGGAUUCCUACUGCACAGCUCCCAGUAGCAUAUGGGAAGGACAGAGACCCCAAAGCCUCAUCAGCUGCAGGCCACAAUGGGAUUACCUGCUGCGAACUGAUCGUGAUGGUGGGUUUAGAUCACGAUAUCAGCACGCAUACCUUUCAGCAUCCAUCUUUCCGUCGGUUGCCGGUAAGAAAUGUGAAUAUAGAUACUAGUUUCUCUUGUUUCGCUUUGGAUGGAGCUACAGCAGCAUCCAAAAUGAACGAAUGUGCAUAGUAGUGGGUGUCAUUAUUUAUUAUUUGGACGAUCAUCUCAGGCAAGAUCCCGUCCAAAUAAUUCAUUCUUUUUGGCCUCCCUCCUUGUUAAGUAAACAAGGAGACGGGGCUAUUUAUCUGAAGAAAAAGGCGGAUUAAUCACCAUCAUCAUCACAGUGAGUUGAGAGUGGUUAUACGCUGUGAGGCGUUUUGGAUAGCCUCGUCAUCAGUUUCCUCAUUCCAGGCAGCAAUGAGGGAGAUAGUUUUGUAAUCAAAUUUUCCUGUUCUUGAUUAGUUUGGGUUAUUUGUUCAUUAUAUGAUCAGAUUUUCGCUUUGGUUGUGGUUAGUGCGCUUUUGGGUUUGAUUUGGGGUGUUGUAUUUUUGAGGUUGCAGCCGCAUUUUAUAGGCCAUUUUAAGUUGUCUUGUUUCGACAUAUUAUUUGUAUGUAAUGUCAGUUUAGUGUUUGUUUUUCCCUGGCCAUUGUUUUGGUUGGCAGUGUCAUUGGUGUGAGAUUUGAGCUGAAGUUGUGCAGUCGUUACUAUAAUUGUAUUUGCAGGGUUUUCUUUUAUUAUGAUCUGGAAACUUUGAUGAUCAGUAGUUUUAUGUUACAUCGUUCAGUUUAGGCCGAUCAAAUAGAAAAACCAGUGGCCUGUCUAGUCAAACUACUCGCACAUUCCCAUGAAUUUCUGCACGAACCAUAAUAUAAGCCGUAGAGUUUGCAUCUCGGUUGACAUACUUCGACUUUUCAUUCCCCGUAGGAGCCUCCUUACGAUUCGAUUGUUAGAAAUACCAAUUAUGCAUGAUGUUGUAUUUAGUGAAGCUUAAAAUGCAAAUGUAAAACACUGCUCCACUCCAGUAGAAACUGAAGUAAAUUGAACACAAGUUA